AUGACAAAUCCGCAGGCAAUAGCCCGAGUGACGAACUCGACUCUUAAGAUGAGAGCGAAUGCUAGAGAUACCAAGCUAGCUCACGAUUCCCAAGACGAGAGUGCAGAUUUUGCUGAAAGCAUUGGAGUCAACAGCUUUAUUGAUGAUAGUUCACAAGUAGAUGACGAAAAUGGCGAGGGAUCUUCUAGUGACGAAGAGUCUGAAAGGGGAGAUUUCCUCGAGAAUAUUUGCAGAUAA